AUGUCUUCUCCGCCAUCCUCUCCCGUCCUCAUCAUUGGAGCUGGCAUCGUCGGCCUGACCCUCGCGCAGGCUCUGAAGAAAGCGAGCAUUCCGUUUGUUGUCUACGAGCGUGACGCUGGUCCAAACACCCGAUCCGAUGGUUGGGGCAUCACCGUGCACUGGGCACUUCCGGCACUCGAAGCUUGCCUUCUGCCAACCUUGUUUUCUGGUCUUCGCGACAUCCAGGUCGACCCGCAGCAGGGCAUCCACGACACUGGCCGCUUUGUCUUCCUCGACCUGGCCACGGCUGAGCCAGCCUAUGUGAUUCCACCCAGCCGACGUCUGCGCCUCGACCGCCGCAAGCUACGCCGACUACUGUUGACGGACAUUGACGUACAGUGGGGGAAGGCCCUAGAAGACUUCAGCUCGGCCGACGAGUCGGUGACGGCCCACUUCGAAGACGGCACCAUGGCCACUGGCUCCCUGCUCGUGGGCGCUGAUGGAAGCAACAGCCGCACGCGACGGCGGCUUUUUCAGAGUUUGGGCAAUGCUGCUGCCGCCAAUCUCUACCAGCUGCCCGUGCGCUUUAUGGGUGUUACCGUGCGGCUGACGACCGACCAGGUGAGACCGCUACGCGCCAUCGACCCGUUGCUCUUCCAGGGCUGCCACCCUGACACCGGCGCCUACCUCUGGUACUCCAUCUUGUCGACACCCGAGGUAAACGGGUCUGCCGGUAGCGAAACUGGCGAGUUCUAUGAGGGCCAGCUCAACCUUUCGUGGAUGGCCCGCGGCCCUGACGACGAGGUUCCGCCGACGCAGCCGGCCCGUCUGAACAAGAUGCGGGAACUGGCUCAGCCGUUUGAGCCGCGACUUCGUGCCGCCGUCGAGAACAUUCCCAAGGAUGCCGAGGUACUCGAGGUCCUCCUUCAGGACUGGCCUACGCAGCCGUGGCCCAACCAUGGCGGAACCGUCACCCUUGCCAGUGACGCCGCCCAUGCCAUGACCAUGUAUCGUGGCGAGGCCUUCAAUCACGGCAUCACAGACGCCGCCUCUCUGGCCGAGCAUUUGGUGACAGCGUGGGCCUCCCAAGACCUGCUCAGACGUCUGCGAGCCACUGUGGAUGUCUACGAAAAAGAUCUCGUCCAGCGCACCCAGUCGGCCGUUCUACUCAGCAGACAGGCCUGCUUGGAUGCGCACGAUUUCAAAACUCUGACAGCGGAGAGUCCGCUGGUCAGUAAACGAGCCAUUGUGAAGCAUUAG